CGGGGAGACAAAGACACUGACCAGGGCAGCCAGGGGGUUCCCGUGCCAACAGGAGUGGCAUAAGGCAAGUGGUUGCCCAUGUCCCAUUCCCCCAUACACACGCUCUAAAAGAAAAGGGCACUGGGGUUAAAAAUAGCAAUCAAACAAGAUCCAACUGGACUCCCUGUGGAACUGAGAUUCUGUAGACCAUUCAAAGGACCCUAACCUUCAACACGUACACUGACAUACACUGUCAAACACAGACGAGACCAUGGUGGAGUACUACCACAUCUUAGGAGUCCACAGAAACGCGUCGCAGGAGGACAUUAAAAAAGCCUACAGGAAACUUGCGCUCAAGUGGCACCCAGACAAGAACCCAGACAACAAGGAGGACGCAGAGAGGAAGUUUAAAGAGCUGUCAGAGGCCUACGAGGUGUUGUCAGACGAAAACAAGAGGGACCUGUAUGACCGGUAUGGUAAAGAAGGGUUAGCUGGAAAUGGAGGAGGAGGAGGACAUUAUCACAACGGAGACCACUUUGGCGGCGAGUUCACAUUCCGUAACCCAGAGGAUGUGUUCAGGGAAUUCUUCGGUGGUCGAGAUCCAUUUGCAAAUUUCUUUGAUGAUCCUUUCGAUGACUUCUUUGGUGGUGGGCGCAGUCAUCAGCGGGGGGUGAGCCGGAGUCGAACUGGGGGUCCUUUCUUCCAUGGGUUUGGGGGAUUCCCACCUUUCGGGGCCGGCUUCUCAGCGCCAGGUUUCUCUCCCUUCGGGCAGAUGGGCGGCGGCGGCUUCGCCUCCUUCUCUUCCUCGUCCUUCGAGGGGGGGGGAGGGGGGGGAGGGGGGAUGGGCAACUUCCGCUCCGUGUCCUCCUCCACCAAGUUCAUCAACGGCCGAAAGAUCACCACAAAACGGAUUGUGGAGAAUGGCCAGGAGAGGGUGGAGGUAGAAGAGGAUGGUGAGAUGAAGUCUCUAACCAUCAAUGGUAAGGAACAGAUGCUAAGACUGGAUAACAAGUGAUAACUUAUACUCACUCCAGGAAAACAAAUCCACUAACCCCACGGCCCGGUAACAGACCAUGGGUUAGUCUUACCUCGUAGUAAAAACGUCUCUCUCAACCUGGAAACAUUCUUAGUUUUCUUUAUUCACGAGGGUAAAAAUGAUGUUCACAAGGGGUGUAUUUAUUCUGGAUAACCUUUUGUUUGUUUGACCAUCUAUCUUUUAGGAUAAGAUGAUUUUAUUGUUUAUCAUUGAUACUAUGUAUGAUGGUUUUUUCUUUAAUAAAUGCAGAUGUUUUUUUCUUUUCCGCAAUAUUGCAGGUUUUAUGGGUGGAUUUUGACUUUUAGAUUUGAAAAAGACACAGUCAGAUGGACAACUGAAUUUAGCAUGCUAUUUUCGCUUUGUUUCAUUAAAUCAAUUUAACUGUUGGUUCUCAAACCUUGCUCUAAUGUUUGUAACUCUCACAAAACACUUCUCUAACCUCUCAUGACCAUGCCUGUAGAUGACAGUCUAGAUGAAUUAAUAUUAUUAUUAAUAUGCAUUUUGUGAAUUUAUUUUCUUUAGUUUGAUGAGUGUUAAUUCAUCUCUGCAUGGUUCCCGGUUUGGGCUGCUCAUGCUAUUUCUGUAACUUCCAUCACUGCAAACCAUUGAGUUGAAGACAAAUGAUCUCUAUAUAAAUAUGAUAUACAUAUAGUACAUGGAUAAACAGGGGAUUUUGUGUAUUUUGUAUAAAAAAAAACAAGAAUGAAAGUAAUGUCCCAUGGAGUUUGGUCAAUAAAUUUAAAUUUGACCCAAUAAGGGCUGUUGCAGUAA